AUGGCCGAAAAGUUCUCCAAGUUUCGCGAUCCAGGAACGGGCAUCCAAGUGUUCCUCACCCCUGUCGUCGCGUCGUCCUCUUCUUCCGGUUUGGCGAGCAUCCUGCUACCGCUGUUCGCGGCAUUGGGAGUGGUGAGGGCGAUAGUGGGAGGAACGAGUUGGGGGCUGUACCUGCUUUUCGGGUGGAAGGGGUUUCUGAGGGUGGUGCUGUUUGCGCUGGGAUUUGUGCGGUUGGCGGUAGACGAGGUGUCGAGUGGCAGCGGCAAGAGGAGAGAGACCACGUCUGCUGUGGGAGCGGGAGGAAACGGAGGAGGAAAGGGCGAGGUGGUGCUGGCGAAUCACAGUUCUUGGAUCGACUUGCUGGUGUUGUCCUACUUGUAUCCGGGGAUCCAGUUCGUCGUUCCGGUCAUCGAGGAAAGUACGAUGGCAGCAUCGACAUCGACUUCGGAAUCCGGCGCGAAGAAGAGGGGCACACCCAAAGCCAACGCCAUGUCAGCAAACACCCGCAUCGCUACCCCUACCGCCUCCACCUCCGGCACCAACACAACCGCACCAGCCAUCCUCGGGUACACGAUCCUCACCCUCCCAUCAGCACUGCGCUUCAUCGGAGCGCUGCCACCCACGCGCACCGCGCUGCCUGCUGGCACCACACACAUCCACGCAACCCUCUCGGCCACUCUCUCCUCCACCACCGCCCCUCUCGCCUUCUUCCCGGAACUCGUCACAUCCAACAACCGUGCCCUGCUGCACAUCACCACCCUGCCCCGCACCUCGCCGACUCUGGCACGAUGCCACAUCACAACGCUCAAGUACUCCCCACCAACACGGACAAGCAUCAGCUCCGUCUACACGGUCGGACACCCCACCGGCUCGAUAUACACCCACCUGGCGCAGAUUCUGUUCACCUCGAGCCCUGCCCGAGGCGUCAGUCUCAAGCACUCUGACUUGAGCGCAGGCGAGGGAGGAGAGGCAUGGGCCGACCAGGUGGUCGCGUCCAUGUCGAACAUGGCCAGGCUCAAGCAGACGAGUAUCGACUGGUGGAGCAAGCGCGAGUUCCUGACCAUGGUCAGGGCGAGGAGUAAGAGGGCGUAA